AUCGCGCGGUUUCCAUCUCUAGCGGCGAGUCGGCGCUUCUAGACCGGUCUAUCAUGACCCUCGUGUGCGCAUUCGGCCCAGAAAGCCAACAAUCUUCCGCUGAUGAACUACGGCGGGGAAUUAUAUAGCGAUGCGCUGAGGGUGAUGGCGUGGAUACUCCGCCAGAGGCUCCCACCGACGCCUCACGUACUCUACACGACCAUCGUCUUCCACACCUACGAGACAACGCAAACGGGCGAAGCUUCUCUGCACAAUUGCCUGACUUAUGCACGGGGCGCUACGGCGGCUCUCGAUCAUAGGUCCUUCAGGGACCAUCCCGUUCGAGAGCUGACCAGGACAAUCAUUACUCGACAGAAGUUGGCCGCAGUAAGCCCAAAGGGGCGGAAUUCACCGCUGUCUUCGAUUUCAUCUGGGCUAACAGCAGGUGCGGGCUUUUCUGCAUCACGACCUGCCCGUCCAAGGCCACCGACGGGGAUCGGGAGUGCCUGACACGAGACAGAACCGCGAGACCCUUCGACGCGAUGCUCGCUUUGCUUGCUGAAAGCGUGCGGCUGCAACAAAGGCUGGACGUAAUCUCCCGCCAGCCUCGUUCCGAAUGUAAGGAAGCAGCCGCCCAGAUGUUUACUCCAACAC